AAAUCCUACAAUUAUUAUCCACCUUGUUCAUCCCUUUUGUGUACAAAAAGUUAACCCGACCCGAUUUGAUCAUACCUAGGGUUUAUCCUCCACUUUCAAUUGGUUCAUAUUCGCUCCUUACUGUUUUUUUGUUUUUUAUGCUAUGGCUGUUAGACCGGAGGGGAAUUUGCCGGUUGGAUACCGGUUCAGGCCGACCGAUGAAGAGCUGAUAAAUCACUAUCUGAGAUUGAAAAUCAAUGGAUUUCAUAGUGAAGUUAGUGUGAUUCGUGAGGUUGAUGUUUGUAAAUGCGAGCCUUGGGAUUUACCUGAUUUGUCGCUGAUACACUCAAUUGAUAAUGAGUGGUUCUUUUUCUGCCCCAAGGAUCGUAAGUAUCAGAACGGGCAGCGAGCCAACAGAGCUACUGUGGCCGGGUACUGGAAAGCAACUGGAAAAGACAGGUUUAUAAAGUCUGGGAAAGGGCUGAAUGUGAUUGGCAGGAAGAAAACACUAGUCUUCUAUACGGGCCGUGCGCCCAGGGGCGAGAGGACUCAUUGGGUUAUUCAUGAGUAUUCUGCAACUGAUGAAGCGCUUAGUGGUACACGUCCUGGACAGAGUCCUUACGUCCUGUGCCGUCUUUUUAAGAAGCAUGAUGGGAAGCAGGACGAGAUGAGUGAAAGCUUAAAUUGUGAAGAAGUUGAACAGGUCGUUCUAUCUCCUACUGUAUUUAAACCCUCCCAUGAAGAUGCCUUGUCAGAACAAGAAACCCAGUUGUUGAGCAGACAGCCUGAUGGUUAUGAAACUAAUCAUGAAACCCCAUCAACAAUUGACCAGUACAGCUUUCAAGGCAAUACCUGUAUUAGUGAGGAAGCUGAUGGUCAAUUGUUAGACAUGACGUCUAUCCAGCCCAAUCCAGACCCGGAAAAUGCCUUUGGUGAUUUCAGUGAAGUGCCAGAUCAUGAUUCGAAAAUCUUUUCCCCGUGUCAUAUGCAAAUGAUGGAAGACUAUUAUCACAACUCUACAGUCUUGGGAAAUGACAACAAUGAGGAUAUAGAUAUUGCAUCGUUCCUGGAUUCAAUUCUGGCGACUUCUGAUGAUUGUUCAUAUGAAGAUUCUGCCAGUCACCCUAUUCCUGCUAUUGGCAAUGAGAGCCCGAAGUACAUUGGUUCAAUAGAUGGGAGCUUUGUCAAGGGUAGCGGAUCUGGCAGUGAAUCAGAUAUGGAACUAUUGCAUGGCCAGCUUGAUUCAGGAGGAUAUCUUCAGGAUGGAUUUCUCAUGGAGGCUCAGCAAAAUAUACCUUCCACGAUGAUGUUAAGAUCUACGAUAGGUUUGGCAGCUCCUGAAGUUAGAAACGAAGAAGCACAAAGGAAUAUGCAACUCAUGCAAAAUAGAGCGGAUGUUUCGUCUACUGAUGUUUCUACUAGUAAUGGAAUCAAAAUAAGGUCUCGCCAACCAAAAAUUGUUCAACAGAGUGCCCAGAAUGUCAUGGCUCAUGGAACUGCCCCAAGAAGAAUCCGUUUGCUGAUGAACCCUCAAGUUGGAUCAAAUUAUGGCAGCCUUACAGAUGAAAAUGCUGAAGCAGAACUUCCGCUUAUUGAGGAGAAAGAUGCCAAGGACCAGCAAACUUCUGCUGAUGAUGUUGCUCCAGAUGCUGUUUCUUCAACAGGUGAGACUGCAAAGGAUCACGAUCAGGAUGAACAAGAUUCUCAAGAAUCAAGUUUUAAUGUAUUUUCAAAGGCUUCCUUCAUGUUCUCAAAGGCUCCUCCUUUUCUGAGCUCCAUAUCCUCGGCACUGCAUAUAUUUCUUGUUUUGGGAGUGGUACUAGUAGCUGUCGCCUUUUGUGGCUGCUUUAUGUCAUGAGGUAUCUCUAUCUGGGCAACUCUUUAUGCUAGUAAUUUUGCUCUGUUCUAAUGUCUAAUUAUUUUGCUUAGUGUCAUAUGACUAAGAAGAGAAACACCACUGUUGGAAUCUAUUUGCUGUGCCUGUACUACUGAUAAGUAGGUCUAGCAUAGUUCAGGGAAAUUGUAAUCAGCUUAGUCUGUUAUAUAAUCAUAAUGACAAUUUUGUUUUGUUUA